AUGAAUCUGAAGAAUAUGAGUCAUCAUUUCAGUAUUAUGGUAAAUUUUACUCAGAUGAUUUGCACCUGGACCAAGAUGAAUCAUAUCUAAAUAAAUUAUCCCAAGAUAAAUCAAACCCUGAUAAAUCUUAUAAAGAUCAAGAUGAAUCAUGUCAAGAUGAACUGCAACAAGACAAAUCCUGUCCAAUCGGAUUAGCAUCUCAAGCAGGACCAACUGGUAAUGAAACCUCUUUAAAUGAUAGAUAA